ACGCGGCAUCAUCAUACUGCGCUUAGCCACAACUCGGCCCCUGGUUGUUCGGGACUUAGCUGGGUUAGCUUGCUCGCGCUUGGGAAGCGAUAUCAUGUGACAGAUUCCACACGGUGAAAUUCCCCAGUAUGGCGGAGUCAGAGAAAUGCACUGAUGGCUUGUAACCCGAUUUUCAGUUCAGGUCUUGUCUCACUAAUAUCAGUUUUUGGAAUUGUUUAAAGUCCAAUCUGUUUUAACGGUUAGAAACGUUACUCUUUAUAUUUCCUACAAUUAUGGCGGACCGAGGCAUGGAUCUAUCGUCUCUACCUAAAGAGGUCAGGGACCAGUUGGCUGAGUUGGAUUUGGAGCUAUCAGAAGGUGACAUCACUCAGAAGGGAUAUGAGAAGAAAAGAGGGAAGCUGCUGGCUCCAUUCAUCCCUCAGAAUCGCAGCGUGGAUCCUGCCCUACAGAGUGACCAUCGAGGCUCCGGUCCCAGUUCCGCUCCCGCUCCCGCUCCCACCUCGGCUCCGCCUCCCUCCUCCUCCUCCAAUCGCAACCAUCGCUCCCACCGGUCCCACCGCAGCGGCGGCGCCCGGGAUGACCGCUACCGAUCCGAUAUCCACACUGAGGCUGUGCAGGCAGCUCUGGCUCUGCACAAAGCACAGAAGAUGGCUCUGCCCAUGCCCACCAAGCGACGGUCUACCAAAGCCCAAUCAGCAAUCACCUCCACCCCUCCCGACACCUCCUCAGCCUCGGAGGACGAGGGCUCCCUGCGGAGGCGGGCGUCGCUGAACGCAGUGCUGUCCCAAAACAUGCAGGGCCCAGACUGCUGGAUCAACCGCACCGUGCAGCCCUCCUCCACCUCCUCCUCCGCCUCCUCCACCCUGUCCCACGGAGAGGGCCGAGUCCAGCCUGCCGUGCUUGCCGACGUGCUCGCCAACACCCGCAUCAGCUCGUCGGAGAACGCCAGUGUGCCUCCGGACGUGACCUCGACGGCGGCGCAGGAGCGGGGCGUCCGGGUCGACCUGCCCCCCACCCCCCCCGUCCGCGGCGUCAGCCGGGUCCCGAACCGCUCUAGCCUCAUGGAGACCGCCGACGGUGUCCCCGUAAACAGCAGGGUCUCCACCAAGAUCCAGCAGCUGCUCAAUACCCUCAAACGCCCCAAGAGGCCACCACUGAGCGAGUUUUUUGUGGACGACGCCGAAGAGAUUGUGGAGGUACCCCAGCCUGACCCCAACACCCCGAAACCCGAGGGGCGCCAGAUCGUCCCGGUGAAGGGGGAGCCCCUGGGCGUGGUCAGCAACUGGCCCCCGGCGCUCCAGGCGGCCCUUGCCCGCUGGGGGGCCACGCAAGCCAAGAGCCCCGCCCUCACGGCCCUGGACAUCACUGGCAAGACCCUGUACACGCUGACCUACGGAAAACUGUGGACCCGCAGUGUGAAGUUAGCAUACACCCUCCUCAACAGACUGGGAACCAAGAACGAGCAGGUGCUGAAGGCUGGAGAUCGGGUGGCCCUGGUCUAUCCCAACAGUGACCCUGGGAUGUUCUGGGUGGCCUUUUAUGGCUGCCUGCUCGCCGAGGUCAUCCCCGUGCCCAUAGAGGUGCCACUGUCUCGCAAAGAUGCAGGAAGUCAGCAGAUUGGUUUCCUGCUUGGUAGCUGUGGAGUGGGCCUGGCCUUGACCAGUGAAGUCUGUUUGAAAGGACUGCCCAAGACCCCCAACGGAGAAAUACUUCAGUUCAAAGGUUGGCCGCGGCUAAAGUGGGUGGUGACCGACUCAAAGUACCUGACGAAGCCCUCCAAGGACUGGCAGCCCCACAUACCGACCGCCAACACUGACCCUGCCUACAUUGAGUACAAAGCCAGCAAGGAGGGCACGGUGAUGGGCGUGGCCGUGUCGAAGGUCGCCAUGCUGACGCACUGCCAGGCCCUGACGCAGGCGUGCAACUACUGUGAAGGAGAAACUAUGAGCGUUAUGAACCGCAUCCACACCGUCAGCGUCCCCUACGCCGUGAUGAAGGCCUGCCCCCUCUCCUGGGUCCAGAGAGUUCACACCCACAAAGCUCGGGUGGCUCUGGUUAAGUGCCGGGACCUUCACUGGGCCAUGAUGGCUCACAGGGACCAGCGGGACACCAACCUGUCGUCUCUGCGCAUGCUGAUCGUGGCGGACGGCGCCAACCCCUGGUCGGUGUCCUCCUGCGACGCCUUCCUGAACGUCUUCCUGGUACACGGGCUGAAGCCUGAGGUCAUCUGCCCCUGCGCCACGUCCCCCGAGGCCAUGACCGUGGCCAUCCGCAGGCCAGGGGUUCCUGGGGCGCCCCUCCCUGCCCGGGCCAUCCUGUCCAUGGGGGGGCUGAGCCACGGCGUGAUCCGCGUCAACACGGAGGACAAGAACUCCGCGCUGACCGUGCAGGACGUGGGACACAUAAUGCCCGGAGCCCUCAUGUGCAUCGUGAAGCCGGACGGUCCGCCCCAGCUGUGUAAAACGGACGAGAUCGGAGAGAUUCUGGUGAACUCUCGCGCUGGAGGGACCAUGUACUACGGCCUGUCAGGGGUCACCAAAAACACGUUUGAGGUGAUUCCUGUGAACUCCAGUGGGACCCCGAUAGGAGAGAUUCCCUUUGUACGGUCCGGCCUGCUGGGUUUCGUGGGGCCGGGCAGCCUGGUGUUCGUGGUGGGCCGGCUGGAGGGCCUGCUGAUGGUGAGCGGCCGGAGGCACAACGCGGACGACCUGGUGGCCACGGCGCUGGCCGUGGAGCCGAUGAAGACCGUGUACCGCGGGAGGAUCGCGGUCUUCUCUGUGACGGUGUUCUACGAUGAGAGGAUCGUGAUCGUGGCGGAGCAGAGGCCGGACGCCAGUGAAGAAGACAGCUUCCAGUGGAUGAGCCGAGUGCUGCAGGCCAUAGACAGCAUCCACCAAGUGGGUCUGUACUGUCUGGCUCUGGUUCCUGCCAACACCCUCCCCAAAACUCCACUUGGCGGCAUCCACGUCUCUGAAACCAAGCAGCACUUCCUGGACGGCCACCUGCACCCCUGCAACAUUCUGAUGUGCCCCCACACCUGUGUGACCAACCUUCCCAAACCACGACAAAAACAGCCAGUGGGGGUGGGGCCAGCCUCCAUCAUGGUCGGUAACCUGGUGGCGGGAAAGAGAAUUGCACAGGCAGCCGGGCGGGAGCUGGGCCUGAUUGAUGACCAGGAGCUGGUCCGGAAGCACCAGUACCUGGCCGAGGCCUUGCAGUGGAGAGCCAGCUCAGACCCAGACCACGUCCUGUUCGUGCUUCUCAAUGCGAAGGGUGUGGCCGUGAGCACUGCCUCCUGUGUGCAGCUGCACAAGCGGGCGGAGAAGAUCGCCUCUGCCCUGAUGGAGAAGGGCAGCAUCAACACCGGAGACAACGUGGUGCUUCUGUACCCUCCUGGUAUUGACCUGAUCGCCUCCUUCUACGGGUGCCUCUACGCCGGCUGCGUCCCUGCCACCGUUCGACCCCCCCACCCGCAAAACCUGGCGGCCACCCUGCCCACUGUCCGCAUGAUCAUCGACGUGAGCAAAGCAGCCUGUAUUCUCACCACACAGUCCCUGGUGAGGAUCCUCAGGUCGAAGGAAGCAGCGGCCUCAGUCAACAUAAAGACCUGGCCCACCAUCAUAGACACAGAUGACCUCCCAAGAAGACGUCCCCCUCAGCUCUACAAGCCGCCCACCGCUGAGAUGUUGGCCUACCUGGACUUCAGCGUGUCCACCACAGGGAUGCUGACCGGUGUUAAGGUGUCCCACGCGGCCGUCAGCGCCCUCUGCCGCUCCAUCAAGCUGCAGUGCGAGCUGUACUCCACCCGCCAAGUCGCCAUCUGCCUGGACCCCUACUGCGGCCUGGGCUUCGUCAUGUGGUGCCUCUGCAGUGUGUACUCAGGGCACCAGUCCAUCCUGAUCCCUCCUUUGGAGCUGGAGAGUGCCCUGCCUCUGUGGCUGAGCACGCUCAGUCAGUACCGCAUCAGAGACACCUUCUGCUCCUACUCUGUGAUGGAGCUCUGCACCAAGGGCCUGGGCACCCAAACCGAAACGCUGAAGGCUCGGGGUCUGAAUCUGAGCUGUGUGCGCAGCUGUGUGGUGAUCGCAGAGGAGCGCCCCCGUCUGGCGCUCACGCAGUCCUUCUCCAAACUCUUCAAAGACCUGGGCCUGUCCCCCCGGGCCGUCAGCACCGCCUUCGGGUCCCGGGUCAACCUGGCCAUCGGCCUGCAGGGCACCGCUGGGCCGGAUCCUUCCAUCGUCUACGUGGACAUGAAGUCGCUCCGCCAUGACAGGGUGCGCUUGGUGGAGCGGGGAGCCCCCCAGAGUCUUCCCCUCAUGGAGUCCGGCACGAUCCUCCCUGGAGUGCGAGUGAUCAUUGUGAACCCAGAGACUCGGGGCCCACUUGGGGACUCCCAUCUCGGGGAGAUCUGGGUGAACAGCCCCCACAGCGCCAGCGGCUACUACACCAUCUACGGCGAGGAGAGCCUGCAGGCCGACCACUUCAACACCAAGCUGAGCUUCGGCGACCCCCACACCCUGUGGGCCCGGACCGGCUACCUGGGCUUCGUCAAGCGGACCGAGCUGCUGGACGCCAGCGGAGAUCGCCAUGACGCCCUGUUUGUGGUGGGCUCCCUGGACGAGACUCUGGAGCUGAGAGGGCUGCGCUACCACCCCAUCGACAUCGAGACGUCGGUGUCCCGCGCACACCGCAGCAUCGGGGAGAGCGCUGUCUUCACCUGGACCAACCUGCUGGUGGUGGUGUCCGAGCUGUGCGGGUCGGAGCAGGACGCCCUGGACCUGGUGCCCCUGGUGACCAACGUGGUCCUGGAGGAGCACCACCUCAUCGUGGGCGUGGUGGUGGUGGUGGACCCCGGGGUGAUCCCCAUCAACUCCAGGGGGGAGAAGCAGAGGAUGCACCUGAGAGACUCCUUCCUGGCCGAUCAGCUGGACCCUAUUUACGUGGCGUACAACAUGUGAGGGCCGCGGGACACGCCUCGCCCGGCGGUUCUGAGCGUUCAGGCCACACGGUGGGAGGGGGCUGAAUUUUGGGAGGCUCAACGACAGCGGCCUUUUCUUUGCCAGUGUGUACAGUGCGGAGAGGAGACGUCGGACCGGCUUUUUGCUAAACUUGCACGUAAAAACUCAAAGUUCUUCCACCAGCCUCUCAGUCCAUCGGUGGAUGGUCGUAAAGGGGCAGACACCUCCCACGCUGCUCGUGUCCAGUGUCUGGCCCCUCCCCCGUCUCCUCCCCCUCCCCUUAGCAUUCCUCUUUCCUGCUUUCUUUGCACCUGUGGAUUAGCCACACCCCAAGGCAUGCGCUCUUCCAUGAUUUUGAUCAUCUGCCUGUUGGAGUGAGAUUUACCCACUGCAAAGGGGAGGGGGAAGAGGGCAGCGGGAGUGAGAUUUACCCGCUGCAGAGGGGAGGGGGAAGAGGGCAGCGGGAGUGAGAUUUACCCGCUGCAGAGGGGAGGGGGAAGAGGGCAGCGGGAGUGAGAUUUACCCGCUGUGGAGGGGAGGGGGAAGAGGGCAGCGGGAGUGAGAUUUACCCGCCGCAGAGGGGAGGGGGAAGAGGGCAGCGGGAGUGAGAUUUACCCGCUGUGGAGGGGAGGGGGAAGAGGGCAGCGGGAGUGAGAUUUACCCGCUGCGGAGGGGAGGGGGAAGAGGGCCGUGGGUAGCCUUCCAUGGUCUUAUUGUCUGACACCAUUAAGGGAGAGAUUUUCUGUUGGGAUAAACAUGUCCUAUACAGCAUGUCCCACUGCAUAACUUCUUUUUCCCCUGAUCAUUCCUCCCUUUUUGCCCUCCAUACUCAUCCUUGUUGGCUCCCGUUGAACCACCCUCUGUAGUUUCAUGGAGUUUCACAUUCCCGGCUUUCCCAAGGUUGUUUUUAAAACGGUCAUUUUGUGGAGCCAUGUUACCAAGAAAAAGCCAUGUGCAGUCCAGUCACUUUCACUACUGUCUCAGUCCAUUUGAGAAGGGUCUUAAGAGAGCCCGCCCAAUGUUACAAGCUUUGUCUCGAUUCCAGUGAUUAGCCUAAUGUCAUGCUUUUUUCUCGUCAGACCAGCAAGCUCUGCGAUAGGCGCUCAGAGCAGCUGUAAUCCAGUCUUAUUCUUUAAUGGGAUAGGCUUGAAAAUGUUGAACUAUGGGAACACACAGAAAUCAGGUCAUCGAUUCAAAGGUGCGUCAUUUCCCACGGCAAAAAAAAACAAGCAUGUGUGUAUUUCUUUACUGUAGUCUGGAGUGAGGAAGCAGUGUUGACCUGUCAUUCCUUUCCGAUGACCAAUAUUCGGUUUAACGUAGACGUAUGAACUUGUGCGCUUGCCUCUUGAAAAGCUGUGGAAUUGUUUCACUGGCAAGUUCGGUGUCGCAUGCUUCGCCGAAUGCUGCAGUUGAGCUUACUGUAUUUUUAUGUUUCGUUGUGCUGUUUUAAGAAAAGGAAAAAGCGUAUUUGAGUAUGUUCUUUUGGCCCACUGGCCUGAUUUUAACUGAACCGUAGCAGAAAUAGGAAGGGGCUGUAGAAGAUGUCCGUGAUCAUCCAGAGAGGCUGUAGUCCACACGAAAGCAGUGCUGUGCUCAUCAGGAGAACCAGGAAGGUGAAAAGGACCGGACUCUUCGGUUUAACCAGAGCGCUGUGAUACCAGUGCAGGGCUUCACAUUGGAACCAACCUCACCUGGAAACAUCACUGCGGGUCUUCGAGGAGCUCCACCUUAUUGUGGAGGUGGUGGUGACGACUCCCCAAACCUCACCUGGAAACGUCACUGCGGGUUUUCGUGGAGCACCACCUUAUUGUGGAGGUGGUGGUGACCCCUGAGGGGAGAGCAAAGAUGCUUCUUCUCUUGGACUUUUCCUUGGUGAGUCAGCUAGACUCCAUUUCUGGAGAUUUUAUUCAGGAGUUCAGGUUUUUGGAUGCCGGGUGUGAAAUCGUUACAUGGAUCAGCUUCAACACGUUGGUGCCAGCCUGUCAUGGCACUGUUUUUAACUGGAAGAUUACCCAUACUCCCUUGCAGUCAAAAUGUUUGGGGUUUACUGAGGGUUUUACUUUUCCUCAUUUUAUUUCAAUGGCACUAUUUUCUUUUUAUUUAUGUGACUAUAGUUCUCUGGAACGCAGAAAACUUAAUUUGCAUCCAAAUGCACUGUAGGCUCUACAAAAGGAGGACAACACACAUUCCCAACUGUACUGUAGCUGCUCGUAAACUUUACUAAUUCAUUAGGCUGAUUUUUUACUAAUUUUGUGUGAUACCUUUGCACCAAUUAUUUCUUCCGGACAUUCUGUGAGGAGGAUGUAAAAAUACCAAAAUGAUGUUACGCACUAACCCAACUGAAGCCUGACCUCCACGGCUUAUGUCCUAGUGAAAGAACACAACAAAAGAUACAGGCUAUACCACUUUACAUUGGACCAGCAUAGCGAGGUCCGCCAUUAUUUCCAAAUGCACUUACCUUUGCAUAUUAUAUAACAGUACCAAAUAGUCAGGCUUUACAAAAAAAUGUCUGCAAGUUGUAGAUGUUAGAGCCUUCUAACUGAAAAACCCUUAUCCACCUGUCCUUUAAAAGUAAAGGAAAGGCAUAUUUUAAAAAGAGACAUUUUAAGGAAAUGAAUCACAAUGUAGUCAAUCCCUGAGUGUAUUUUUAAUGUACUAUUUGUAACAUAAGGGCACGUGCCAGUCCUCCCUCCUUUCACAAUGAACUGCACCUCGGUUUUAUUGAGAUUACUGUAAAAUUCUAACUUGUAGGUUUUUAAACUGUAUGUUUCUGUUGUAAAAAAAAAAAGAAGAAGUAAUAAUUGUUAAUAUAUUAUAAAUUGAAAUAUUUUAAUAAAACUGAACCUAAAUGUCUGUUUUUCCCCAAAUGUGACAUAUAAAAUAAGCGUCCUUCUAUCUGUGUCUCUGCCGGACUGCAGGGAAAUCAUUUCAGGUGCUAUUAUAUGUACAGUAGAGCCUCAACAAUAUGAAUCCUGUUGGCAGUGGGGUUUUUCCCAGAUCUCUCAAAGGUUUUUCAUUUGGAAAUUCAAAAUGAAAAUGUUGCAAACUAGAAGCUAAUGUCAUAAGAAAUGUGGCCGGUGUGUGUCCAACAGAGAAACGAAAGGCUCUUGAACUCAAGUAAAGCUAAGACUUUUCUGUGUACAAGGCUUUUUAUAAAGGCCCUUGAGUUUGGCCUCGGGACAUAAAAUGGAUGGGCAUGUGCACUCAAGCACUUGCGUACUCGUAAGACAACACAGUCCCCCGGGGGGUGGGGGCACGUUUAGUUUCAUCGUUUAUGUUUACACGGCAGCUCCAGCAGUCCCUUGUUUCAUGGGUAGUUUCUGGAGUCCUUGCUCCACAGCCUGUGGCUAUUCCAGCAGCAGUCGUGUCUUUAAAGUGGUGCUGUUUCAAACAUCGUUGGCCUCAUUAUGGAUAAAAACCCAAUCUAUAUAUAUAUAUAUAUAUUCUUUUUUUUGCCACCACAGAUGGAAGUAAUUGAAAUGCUCCCUAAAUAAGUCAUUUCGAUUGGUCUACCGAACCCCCACCCCUCGCCCCAAGAGGGAACGAGCACUCAAGUACUGUACUGAAAUAAAAUUAACCCCCAAGUAUCUGAGCAAAUGCCCAUCCCUAAUAAAAUGUGAUGCAUUUGUAUGUAUGUUCACAUUUUUUUUCAACAGUUUUCUUGUAUUCAUACCAGCAAAACUGAAACUUUCAAUGAAAAAAAAAAUGAUUAUGCAAAUAUUUGAGUAUAUUUACAGAUAUUUUGAAACACUAACUGUAUAGGAGUACACUAUAUGUAUAGGUGUGUGUGUAUGUGUAUGUGUGUAUAUAUAUGUAAAUAUAUAUAUGCAUACAUAAAUAUAAGUAUAUAUGUCCACUUACAAUGUUAGAAAUAUUUUGAGAAUAUUUGAAUUUACACAGAUUUUGAAAGACAAAAUGUGUGUGUAUACAUACAUAUAUACAUGUCCACAUAAGAGGAUUGUUGUAAAGAAAGUAUAGAGAGUAUGAGGUAUGGUGAUGGAAAUGUAUUUUUCAGUAUGAAUAUAUGUUUACUAUGGGCAGAGUUUUGGACAAAUCAUUCUAUUCUGUUUAAUUAAUAUAAAUUUAAUUAAAAUGUUGAUGAGAAAAUACUGGGUGCUCUGUGGAACAAACCAAUUAAAAAGUAUAAGGUGCUUUUUUAACCAGAGGAAAAUCUAAAGACUAAAGCAAAAAACAAAUAGAAAAUACAAAGCUCAGUGAUAAAAACCUAGAAAAAUAUGAAUGAUACAAGUUACUUCCCAGGUGUCCAAGGCACCAUUUUGUGAAAAAAGAGUAAAGUGUAAAUGUUUCCAAUAAAUUCCUUUUUUUUA